AUGGCACCAGAUCUCAAUGGUGUAGCCAACGGUGCGCGAUGGGACUACUCAACCCCGGGAUCAAGCGGAUAUAACGUUCCGGACAUCAUCUACAAUGACCCCUCAUCGCGAAAGUUAAGAGUCCUGACCAUUGGUGCUGGGUUGUCCGGCAUACAAUUGGCAUACCAAAUACAAAAGCACACGCAGAAUGUAGAACACGUAAUUUACGAGAAGAAUGCAGGCCUUGGAGGUACAUGGCUCGAGAAUAGAUAUCCAGGAUGCGCAUGCGACAUCCCCUCACAUGCCUACACCCUCAACUUUGCACUGAACCCGGACUGGCCCCGCUUCUUCUCCUACGCCCCUGAUAUCCUCAAGUAUCUCGAGAAAGUCUGCGAUGUCUUUGAUUUACGCAAGUACAUGACAUUCAACACUGAAGUGGUCCGUGCAGAGUGGCAGGACGAAGCUGGAAAGUGGAAAGUCACACUACGGCAGAAGAGCCCUUCGGGCGAGGAGCGAGAAUUCGAAGACGAAUGCGAUCUUUUGCUUUAUGCCUCGGGUCUCUUGAAUAACUACAAGUGGCCGGGUAUCAAGGGUAUCAAUAGCUUCAAGGGACGCAUAGCGCAUACAGCUGCUUGGCCACAGGACUACCAGGCCGAGCAGUGGAAAAACGAUCGCGUGGCGGUUAUAGGCUCUGGUGCUUCGUCGAUCCAGACUGUACCCACCAUGCAACCGCAUGUUAAGCACAUGGACGUUUUCGUCCGCACGGGCGUGUGGUUCGUCCAGAUUGCGAAUAACUUCGGUCAGAACAAGGAGUACUCGGAGGAAGAACGCGACGAAUUUCGACGGGACCCACGGAAGUUGGUGGCGCAUGCUAAGGAUAUUGAGAGUCAAGUGAAUGGGCUCUGGGGUACUUUUUAUACUGGUAAUCCGAUGCAGGCGCAGGUGCAGGAUGCUCUUCGCGAACGAAUGAAGGAGCAUAUCAAAGACGAGCGGUUGUUGCAGGGAUUUACGCCAAAAUUCGAGGUGGGGUGCCGCAGAAUCACACCAGGCGACCCCUACAUGAAAGCCAUCCAAGAACCCAACGUGGACGUACACUUCACCGCAGUCAACGAAAUCACCGAAAAUGGCGUCAUUGGCGCCGACGGCAUCGAGCGAGAAGUCGACACGAUAGUCUGCGCAACAGGCUUCGACGUAACCUACCGCCCGCGCUUCCCCAUCAUCGGCAAAAACGGCAUUGACCUCGCCGAAAAGUGGAAAGACGAACCAAAAGGCUAUCUCGGCCUCGCAUGUCCAGACUUCCCUAACUGGCUCACGUACAUCGGCCCUACCUGGCCCGUAGAAAACGGAUCAGUGACGGGCCCCUUACUCGCCGUGACAGAGUACACCGUGAAAAUCAUCAAGAAGAUGCAGCGCGACCACAUCAAGUCGUGGGUUCCCCGCCAAGACAUCACCGAUCAGUUCAACGAGCAUGCGCAAGAAUGGAUCAAGCAUACCGUCUGGAAAAGCGAGUGUCGCUCCUGGUACAAGAACAACGACACAGGCCGCGUCAACGCCGUGUGGCCCGGUUCAUCGAAUCAGUACGCCGAAGUCAUCGAGAUGCCGCGGUACGAGGACUUUGAGGUUGAGUAUUUGCAUAAGAACCCCUGGGCGCAUCUGGGUAUGGGGUAUGCGGUGUGCAAUGCAAAGUUUCCGGAUAGCGAUGUUAGUCCGUAUUUGCAGCUCGAGAAUAUUGAUCCCAAGUGGCUUAAGGCGAUUGGGUAUGAGGGGCUGGCGAAGGAGGUGGAAGAGGUGAGGAAGGAGAAGGAGGAGCCGGCUGUGGAGAGGAAGGCGACGGAUGCGGGUGUUGUGGGAAAUGAGGAUACGUUGACGUAG